AUGGCUGCGCCGCUCUACACCACGGCGUCCGGCCAGCUGUACCAUGCCGGCAAGAUCCUCAUCGCCACCGUCGGGCUGCCGGCGCGCGGCAAGACGCACCUCUCCCACGCCCUCGAGCGCUACCUGCGCUGGCUCGGCGUCAAGUGCGCCGUCUUCUCGCUCGGCGACCACCGCCGCGCCGUGCUCGGCGGCGCCGGCCAGGUGCCCGCCGACUACUUCCACAGCGGGCCCAAAUCAGAGGAGACGGCGGCGCUGCGUGCGCGCAUCCUGCGCUCCUUCGACGACAAGGUGCGCCAGUUCUACGCCGACGGCGGCCAGGUCGUCAUCUACGACGCCAACAACGGCACCGUGGCGCGGCGCGACCGCAUCCGCGAGGAGUUUGGCAAGGAGCUCGGCGUGCACGUCAUGUUCCUCGAGAGCAUCUGCACGGACCAGCGCAUCGUCGAGGCCAACAUCCGCAGCGUCAAGAUCUCGAGCCCGGACUACCUCGCAUGGGACCCGGAGAAGGCCGUGGCCGACUUCAAGACGCGCAUCAAGGGCCACGAGGAGCACUACGAGCCGAUCGAGCAGCCGUCGUUCCCCUACAUCAAGGUCAUCAAUGUGGGCCAAAAGAUCAUCGUCAACAACAUCCAGGGCUACCUGCAGUCGCGCAUCGUCUUCUUCCUCAUGAACAUCCACAACCGCUCGCGCACCAUCUACCUGGCGCGCGCGGGCGAGGCGCUCAUCGAGCACCUGUACAAGGCCGAUGCGGACCUGAGCAGUCUCGGCUGGGAGUACGCCGACCGCCUGGCCGAGUUCCUCGAGACGACGCGCAAGGCGGCCGCCGAGCGCUCCAUCAAGGCAGCCAACGAGGGCCGCUUCACCGGGCGCGACGAGCCGGGCAGCGGGCCGGGCGAGGAGGGGCGCAACCUCGAGAUCUGGACCUCGGCGCGGCGGCGCUCCUCGCACACGGCGCUGCCGUUCGCCGAGCGCGGCUACCGCGUCAUUGAGCGCUCGCAGCUGAGCGAGAUGAACCCGGGCGUCGUCGACGGCAUGAGCGAGGACGAGAUCCGGGCGCGGUAUCCAGACGAGUGGGAGAAGAAGAAGGUCGAGCCCUACUCGCAUCGCUUCCCGCGCGCAGAGAGCUACCACGACCUCUCGAUUCGUCUCGAGCCGAUCAUCUUCGAGCUGGAGCGCGCCUCCACAGACGUGCUCGUCGUCGGCCAGUCGUCGGUGCUUCGCUGCCUCAUCGCGUACCUGCAAGGCCUCAAACCAAACGAGAUUCCCGCCAUCUCGGUGCGCGAGGGCGAGCUCAUUGUGCUCUCGCCGCAGGCGUAUGGCACGGCGAUGGAGAAGCUUGAAUUCUGGGACCCCGUCGAGGAGCGCCGCAAGCGCGACGAGGCCAUGGCGGCCGAGGACGACGACCUGCAAGGCACACCGCCGGCGACGCCGAGCCAGGAGCCGCAGCCGCUGGCUGCCUGA